AUGGUGGGCGCCGAUACAGACAAACACACGGACCCGAAAGGGCUCCAACACGAACUCGACCACAUAAACAACUUGCCGCAGCUUUCUGCGGCGGUCAGCAACGUCGACAAGAUCAUCGAACUGCUCACCGCUGCAAGGGAAAGGGUUGCUGGAGCAUUAGAUCCUCACACGGCUAGCUUAACAAUGACGAAGCUCCAGAACCCCGUUAAGGUAGCUUUUGAGACAGUCAACGUUAAUCUAAAGGAUGCUUCGCAGACCAAUAAGGCGACGGGCAAGGCACUGGACAAAUUCUUUCCAUACAAGCCGCUCCCCGCAGACCAUGAUGCCAUGGCAGACCACCACCCGCUCAUAAACCGCGCCAUAGCCAUGCACCUCCUCCGCGAAGGCCAGUUCUCGGUCGCCUCGACCUUUAUCGACGACGCUCAAAGCGCAAGCCCAUACAACAUCGAGGGCACGCCGUCGGACGGCCAGGACGAGCCCAUGGACGAGGACGAUGACGAUGCUGGAGUCGAAGGCGAAGCCGACGCCGAAGCUUCGCCGCCCGUGACGGCGUCUAGUAGCAGCGACAGCCACGACCUCUCGUCGUUCCAAUCCCAGGAGCUCCAAGCUAAGUUCUCGGAGAUGUACAGAGUGUUACAGGAGCUCAAGUUGCGGAACCUCGUGCCGGCGAUUGCAUGGGCGCGCGCCAACUCGGCCGAGCUGGAAGCGCGUGGCAGUAACCUAGAGUUUGAGUUAAGCAAGCUGCAGUACGUGUGGCUAUUCAAGGGCCCGGCUGUCAACGGGCUUCCCGACGACCAGCAGAACGGCCGCGCCGGAGCCAUGGCCUACGCGCGGGAUAACUUUGGACGGUUCCAGUCGCGCCACCUGCCCGAGAUCCAGCAGCUGGCCAGCGCCGUGGUAUUCGCACCCAACAUCACGGGGUCGCCGUACCGCUCCGUGUUUUCCACCGACGGCGCCUUCUCCGAGGUUGCGUCGUCCUUCACGCGCGAGUUCUGCAGUUUGCUGGGCCUCUCGGCCGAGUCGCCGCUCUACAUCGCGGCCACGGCGGGCGCACUCGCCCUGCCCUGGCUCAUCAAGUACACGACGGCGACUAAGGCCAAGGGUACCGAGUGGACCACGGCCAACGAACUCGCCUUUGCGACCCCCCUGCCAGAGCGUAUGAUGUACCACAGCAUCUUCGUUUGCCCCGUGGCCAAGGAGCAGACCACCGAGGAUAACCCGCCCAUGAUGAUCCCCUGCGGCCACGUGCUCGCCCGCGAGACAGUGACGAAGCUGUGCAAGGGGAACCGUUUCAAGUGCCCCUACUGCCCCUCCGAGGGCCAGCUCAAAGACGCACGGCUCAUCAUCUUGUAG